AUGCUGAAUACAACAUAUUCGACACUUGGUAAACAAUUGAAAAAAGUAACACCAAUAACUGCUUCACAAAUAUUGCAUUAUCAUCCACCAGAGUGUCAAAUAAAAGCAGAAGGAAAAUUAAUGCCUUUAAAACUUUGUGUAAAAGCAGUAGAAGAAUGGAGUUUAUUUUUAAUUGGGUCUGGAGUACUAAUUUUUGGAAUAUGGUUAAUUUAUGAUUUCGUAAAACCCAUAAGAGACGAUGAUGGAACUAUAUUAGAUGAUGAAUUUUCAGCCUUGCCAUUACCUGAAAAAUGUUGGAAAAGAACAUGCAGAGAGUUAAAUUAUUACAAAGAAAGGUUUCUAGGAUUACGUAAUGGUAAAAUAUUACCAGAUCCAUUAGAUAAACAACCACAAUAUACACUUGUUUUAGAAUUUACUGAUCUUCUUGUUCAUCCAGACUGGACAUAUCAAACUAAUUGGAGAUUCAAAAAACGUCCAGGUGUCGACCAAUUUUUAGAACAACUAGUACCAUACUUUGAAAUAGUCAUAUACACUGACUUAUAUGCACACAUGUUCUUUCCUUUACUAGGGAGACUUAAUCCAAAUGUACAUAUGUUUGGACUUGCUCGUGGUUCAACAAGAUAUAUUAAUGGGCAUAAUGUAAAAGAUCUUGAUGUUCUUAAUCGUAAUUUAAGUAAAGUUAUUGUUAUCGAUUGGAAUAAAAUAAGUAUUCAACUUCAACCACAAAAUGCUAUUCUCAUUCCGAGAUGGAAUGGCAAUGAUGAUGAUACAACACUUAUUGAGUUAAGUGCAUUUUUAACAAUGAUACAUGCAACAAAUGUUGCUGAUGUACGUGAUAUCAUUAAGUAUUAUCAACAAUUUGAUAAUCCAUUAGAGGCAUUUAGAGAAAACGAACGUAAAUUAUUAAAACAAAUGAAAAAAUGGGAAAAAUACAAAAACAAUGAUUAG